GUUGUUGUUGGUAUUUUCUAUAUGUAGCUGCUGUUGUGCGUUUCUAAAUCAUUUCUGCAUUUCCUCAAUGUUAUAACAUUUUAGAGGACUAACAGGCUAGAGUAGGCGCCCUGUCUCAUACGAUUCCAUUAUAGAAUGUAGUGAGUCUAUGGAAAAAGAUGAAUAAAGCAAAACAACUGUCGGGGGCAAUAACUAGAUGGUGAAAGCCAGGUAACAGGUGUGAGGAUGGUGGAUCAGGAAAGACAGGGGAAGGCAACAGUGGAGAAGAACACAGGCAAGGAGUGAAUGAGACAGCCAUGAGGUCGGCGAUGGCAUCACGUAGAAAUGAGACCAGUGAUGACAUCAGGUGCACUGAAGCUGGAUAUUUGGGUGACAGAGACAGACAUACAGUGCUGCUUUCAACAUCAGAUGAAUUCAUUCACACAGAGUCUUUUGUGUUCUGGUCUGGGUUGUCAGAGCUCCCGAUGAUGUCAAAGGGUGACCGGCCUGCCAUCAUCUCAAACAUCAGCGCGCCCACCAGUCCACACUAAACCCUGAGUGCAUACAGUGAGUUCAUUAUUAGGAUAUCACUUUCACUGUGAUAGUUAGUAUCUCACUGUCUAUACUGUGUAUUGGCUCCAUUUCCUGGUUGGGAUUAUUGAUACUGCAAACUGUGAAUAAGCAUGUUUUACUGGGUUUGACAGUUAAAUCAGUUGCAGAAGGGAAAAAUGUAAACAUGGUUGGGGAAGCUUGAAGGCUCUAUUAAAUACUUAGUUAAUCUUUUGGUUAUUAUUUAAACUGCCUUGACUUCAAACACCUGUGCCGAUGAGACACUUGAGUUUUCUGCUGCAAGGAAGAAGGUUUUAAAAAAGGAAAAGAAGAGCCUGGUGGUUACUAUGGGACACUGUCUCCAUGCAGACACAUGACAUGUUUAAAUAAGGUAUGAGCAGUAGAAAAAAAAACGUUUUCUUUAUUUUAAAGAAAAUUCCACUGUGAGUUUGUUUUUUGUAAUUUCCAUACAGUCAAAGCUGAAAAGAAAUCAUAAGGUAUGUCAUAUAAGUCAUCUAUUUUAUUUAAUAGCCCUGAAAACAUAUUCUUACUACAGUAUGAGUGAUAAGUUAAUAUAUAAGUUAAUGUUGGACUGUCUAACAUUAACUUGUAUUUUCUGCCGGACACAAACAAAUAAAUGCUAAAAUGCUGUUUCCCCCCUGCAACAGUCUCCGUAGUGACCCACAGUUCCUGGUGCACUUCUGGUUAAAAAGUCUUUCAGAGUGCACACCAUGAAUAUCUCCAUCCCCUCCAUCCUGCUCGGUCUGGGAGGAAAAUGUCUGCUCAACUGGGCCCUGGUGUUUCUCCAGAGGAACCACAUCUGCAAAAACUUCCUGGGGGUUUUCAGCGUUUCCCUCGCUGUCGUCGACUCAAUCCUGACCCUCUUUGUCACCACCCUUUGAGUCCACGCUGAUGAAUACGCCCUACUCCUGGGCUUGAAGCUGACCAGGUACCAUGUAUGUUUGCUGGUUCAAAUCCUUGGACAAGUCUACAGUGCUGUGCAGUGGCCUGUUGUAGUCGUGGCCGGUUUGGACCAUUUCUUCACGGUCACUCGAAGGUUGCAACCCACCACCGCCAGAGCCAGGUGGAUUGUCUGCUUAUUAGUGACUGGCUUCCUGUGGUACCUCACUGCUCUCUACGUCUUCCUGCUGUCUGACUUCAUUCCUGUCAUGGAGGACGUGUCUCACUACCAGAUACACCAGUGCUGGGUCUUCCACACCACUCAGAUCCUGCAGGUUGCCAUGUUUCUCCUCCUGACUCUGGGCUGUGCAGCGUUGCAUGCUGGGUGCAGCACACGAUCAUUAAAAAAUCCUCCUCUGAGAGACCAAAUUACAGAGAGCGCUCACUCCAGAAGAAGUGUUGUUCACCAAGCCCUGCAUAUAUUUCUGAACACAUGGGCUUUAUUCCUUGGUUUUCUGGCUGCGCUCCUCCUGCUACCUGUGGGAAUACCUGCAUACCUGGGUCUGAACAUUGCCUGGCUCUGCUUCCUCAACAGCCUUCUGAUAACAGUCGUUUUAUGUGCAGUCUGUCCAAGCUCGCAGCUAGCACAGGGCCUGGCAGCAGUUCCUCCCGACAGCUUCUGUGAGUGGAGAUUUAAAUUUAGCCUGGCUGCAGAGGACAGAACAUGACUGCUCAACGCAACUAAGCAAGUGAAAACAGGCUUUGUGUUAGACGAAGUGGAAUUGGCUGCUGAGACUUCAAUGUCUUUUCGAAAGAAAGUAAUUUGUAUUUCUAAAGUUGGGUAGCCAAGGUAGCAGCACGGCUUUACGCAUGGCAUGUUCAGGUCAGUCAGUCCACCACUUUGGCCCAGACCAAAAUAUCUCACCAACUAUUGGAUGGAUUGCCAUGAAGCUUGGUGCUGACAUUCAGUGUCCUAGGUGAAUAAACCCUAUUGCAUUGACAUUUGUGGUUUUGAGUGAAAUGUAUGAACAACUAUUAAACAUAUUGAUUCAAGGAUGAAUUGUAAUAAGUUUGGUGAAAGAAUUGUUCCUCUCACUUGAAACUGAUGUUGGUUUCAGCAGGAGCCCAUUUGGUGUCAGGUGUGCUGUGGCCUGUCUGUGUUGAUGCUGACAAGUUGCACAGUUGGGUGCAGCUAGCUAAAUGUUAAAUACACUUAUUAAAUGAUUACUCUAAAAUAAAAAAAUACAAUGAAAAAUCAGUUUGGGAAAAAAUUAAAUGAUGAAAUAGUUUCAGCUCUACACGUUACAAAUUUAGCCAGGA